AUGGUAUGUCCAGUAUGUAGCUGCACAUGUGUGGAAUAUGAUGAAUGCCUGCGCUGUGAGCAGGACAGAGAAUACGAGUGUUCUCUAAUUGCUGAUGGAGGAAGUACUAAUGAUAAUCCAGUUGGUCUUACAUUAGAUGAAUUAAGAAGUACAAGAGUAGCAUUGCUCUCAAAUUCUGACUCAGUGGGAAGAGCAGCUGGGAAUGAAGGCAACGUGGCUGAAGGAGUAAUGCACCAUGCUCAAGACCCUCCCUACCAGGUAUCUCCUUCGGCCCUAAUCUUUAGGGAACAGGUUUCUCCUCCUGUCCCAGGUCCGGGAGAACAGGCUUUGCUAAUUGUUAAUAAACUGGGCCAAUUAGAACUAGGGACUUGGGUUGGAGUCAUUUGUGAAUUUUAUUUAUUAUUCUGGAAAGAAUUUUCAAUUGUUAUGACUAAAGGGCAGAGGGAGAGAGUUCCCUUUAUGCGACAUGAUCAUUUUGUGGAAGGGUGGGAGGCUGUGGGGAGAAAUCUUGUCAAGGGUUAA